GAUUUUCUGUCCAGUCUUUCCUUGUCAGUUGAACACAAGACAAGAAAGGUGGUGGGGUGUUUUUCCCCCGUCUCCCAGCUCACAUUUUGUUCUCAUGUGGGUGUGGGUGACGUCCCAGUUCCAUGAGAUUGCAUUUGAUACUGGUUGACUCCAUUUUAAUUAAACUUAGUUGUGGUUCUGUUACAUUCUGCUCGUGACUGACUGUCCUGUUUGGCUCUAUGUCAGUUCUAUCCAUAUGCUUCUGAAUACCCUUUUUUCCCUGUGUGACUUCACGUAACCUUUGUGCUGGGCGCUGUGUUUGAGGUGGGGAGGUGGUCUGGGUUCCCCGUGCUGGACCAGCGGCCGUACGGGCUCAACCCCCGUGCCAGCCUCUCCUCACACCAAUGUCAUUGUGCUCCGUGUUCCCUUUUCUCAGUUUACAGUUCAUAUCAUGGAUGACCAGGGAGUUUUCUUCCUGAAAAGCACGCAGUCCGCACUCCGUGCCUUCCACACUGCAGACAUGGAAAAGGACUCCACUGGAAAAGCCAAGAAGCCUUACCUGCUCCUGGAACACGGGCAAUCAGCAGAGUUUGACGUGUUUUUCAAACCCACCCUGGCCCAACGUCUGAAAGGGAAGAUCCGUGUGCCAGUGUCAGGCAACAGUGAGAUCGACAUAGAGCUGGUGGGUGAAGGCCACAAUGAUGCCUUCACCCUUGAUAACCUCCCUGGACUAGCAGAAGACAGCCAGGGGAGCAAUGCUGAGGGCAAUCUGGAGGACGACAUCAUUGAGGCUGUCAGAGCGAAUCACAUAAAGUUUGGGGAGUGUGCAGUCAGGGAGCUCUGCAACAAGACCUUCACAGUCACCAACCGCAGCAAGGAGGAGGUGAUGCGGUUUGAGUGUCUGCUGGCAGAUGCCCCGUUCCAGUUCUCCCCCAAGGUGGGACACCUCCAGCCUGGCUGUGCCAAGAAUAUCAGAGUGACCUUGAAAUCCAAGGUCCCGGUCACCGUCAAAAGGCACUCUGUGAACUGUAAGGUGGCCAAGAUCAAAUACCAGCUGCCACCAGAGGAGGUUUGCGACUGGGACGACAGAAUGCGCAGUGAGAAGUGGGAGGAUACCACCGAGAGACUCCCGGGAGCCCGCUGGCCUUUGAAGCGGAGGGUGGUCAAGGCAGUCCCGGAACCACCUCACACCAUCGUGGAGAGGAGCAGCCACGAGGUCGAGCUUGUCCUCAGUGCUCGGGUUGACUACGCCGAGUUCAAACUGGACACGGUCGAGGUUCAACUGAAGCAGACUGAGCUCUUCCAGACAGAGAUAAGCACUUUCCAGAUGUCCAAUACAGGGAAUGUAGCCCUGAAAUACUGCUGGGUGGAGACUCUGGAGGAGGAAAUACCAUCAAAGAGUUCUGGAAGGCCGUUCUCGUCCACUCAGACACGUGAUUUCUUGUCCUCUACUGCUGAGGAUCUCUGGGAAGGGAAUUGUGCAAGGCUGGUGCAGCAGGCAUUGCCGCUCGAGUCAACUCAGCCCCAGCCAACUCAACCCCAGCCAAGUCUGCACCUUAGCUCCUCCCUGGAAUUCUCUCCAACUCCCGUCAAGUACCCACCACUGUUCUCCAUCGAGCCCCACUGCGGUACCAUCCCUGCUGGCCAGAAUCAGAUUUUCCGUGUGAAAUUCUUCCCGACGCGUGUGGGGGAAUUUAAGGCCGAAAUGCUGUGCAGACUUCUUAAUCUGAAGCCAUCUCAGGAGAGCCCACGGGUGUUUGUGAUGGGGAAAGGCUGUUUGCCGAAGGCUGAUCUGAAACGCUUUACAUCACUGCAAAAAGGUGAAACCCAGAGCAGCAAACCCAAGAAGAAGGUGCAGCAGUCAGCAAAACUAGAGUGACACCAUUUGUGUCAUGGCUUCUCCUGCUCGUGGUUUCCCAGCCUUCAGCAGAGACCUCCCCAGCUACUCUUCAAGCCCCAACACCCAUCUCUACCUCAUCUGUGUACUACCUAAUAAACUGUGUCUCAACGCACAA